AUGAAUAGAAGAGGAGGAAGCAUGCCUAGGAAGAUAUAUAAUUCUGUCAAAGACAAGGACGAAGAGCUUUCCUUCUUCCGGGAUAUUCAGAAACGCGAAAAAGAUGAAAUUGCUAGUCUUCUUCAACCUGUUUCUAAUGAGUUUGAAGCGAAUGGAAACUAUGGGCUGUACAGAAUGGAGUCUGGAAGAAAAGGACCAGCACCUGAAUUUCUUGCUGAGAGUGGAAAAAAUGAUUAUAACUGGCUGAAAACACCGCCAGCAACGCCUUUAUUUCCAUCCCUUGAGUUUGAAACAAAUGCCCCGGAAAUGGUAAUCCAGCGCGAUCUAACAAUCAUUCAGCCUCUUUCACGGUUUGCAGGCAAUUCAGAGGGAGUGAAAGCCAACACCAAUAAAUCAACGUCUCCAAAUCCAAAGCCAAAAAUUCCACGAAGAUCUAAAACCCCGAAUGGGAGGCCGACUAUUUCGUCUAUAGACAAGAAAAACGUGAAAAGUGCACCAGUUAUAAACCAGUCAAACACACUUUUAUCGACUAUUUCGUUAACCGACAAGAAAAACGUGAAAAGUGCACCCUUGCUAGACCAGAAAAAGAACCAGUCCCACACCAUUGUCACUGAAAAACUGAAAACAGGAACCAAUCCAGUAAAAUAUGUCAGCCACAGAGGAAGCCAGCCAAGUUUUCUAACUUCAAACCUUUCAAAAAGCUUGGGGAUGGAUUCAAAUUCAAAAUCAAACACCAAACCUAAAAGUCGGGGUGUAUCACCUUCUCCGAGGCCAACAAUACCAGCCCAAGUUUCAGGUGUUUCAGAUGAAACGCCUCCUAAUUUAAGGACGGAUCGAUCAAUAUCAGCAACUAGAGGAAGGCCGGAUAUUCAAAAUCAACCACUAUCCCAGAAGCAAGAUUCAAAUCCAAAGUCCAGGAGACAGUCAUGCUCUCCAAGUGUGACUCGGGGACGUAAAGUGGACAAUGAUGGAAAAAUUGCUAAUCAAACAACUGCUAAACUUCAACAAGGAAAUAGAGGCCAAGUUCUGGGAAGUAAGAUGGUCGACAAAUUUAUGAAUGCAAGAUUGUCGACUGCUGAAGAAAGACAAGCCAAAGUAAAGAUGAAUGGUUCUAUAAACGAGAGUUCUGGUUUUGGGAGGCUGAUGUCGAAGAGUUCAUUGGAUAUGGCUCUUAAGCAUAUGGAGUUUCAAAAAGACUCAACGAAUUCUCGUAAAAAUGGAGUGGUCACUGGAAGAAAAUCCUGA